CAAACACACGUCUUUACUGCUCUGCGACACUCCGCUACACUCGGCCAGCACUUCCAGAGUGGAUAUCCAGCAGCAUUUCACAUCCGACACAUACUAAGUGAGAAUGUCCACAGUUCCUCUGUUGACUGUCGACCGUUCCAGCACUGCCCAAAGCUGCUUGUCUGUCGCUCUCCACCCAACCGGUUUAGGAUGUUUUGUGGCUAGUGCUUCUGGGUAAUGUUCUUGAGUGUCUUGUUGUCUUGACAUUGGUAAUCCUGCUGAAGGAGCACCAAUGGGACACAAGCAGUCCAAGGAGGAGGAGAUGAAGAGGCAGGCAAGGAAGAGUGCCGGCCGUGAGGACAGCUUGACGUCGGCAGAGCGGAUCCGCAACCAUGCGUACAAACAGUGGGGCUACAGCAUACUGAGCCUGGCACGCCGCGGCCUUAAGGAACCCCCCGUGGAACUGUGGGAGCUGACGGAGCUCGAGAAGCUCAAUCUGUCGUUGAACUGCCUGCGGGCUCUGCCCCCCGCCCUCAGCAUCCUCAGCAACCUGGUGGUCCUCAACCUGUGGGGGAACCAGCUGACCAGCCUGCCCCCGGAAAUCGGCCAGCUUAGACACCUCCGCGUCCUGUUCUGCUACCGCAACCAACUGACCGAGGUCCCAGAGGAGCUGGGCAACUGCACCAGGCUGGAGGUCCUCAGCCUAGCCAACAACCAGAUAUCUGGCCUCCCUGCCUCCUUUGCCAACCUGACCUGCCUGAGGAAGCUCAAUCUCAGCCACAACAAAAUCGUUCACAUCCCCGGCUGCGUCUACACCAUGAAGAGACUGGUGUUCCUCCACCUGGCCUGCAACAGGCUGGAGUGCAUCGCCGAGAGCAUCGCAUCGCUGGUGGAGCUCAAGAUCCUCAUCGUGGAGGGGAAUGAGAUCCACUCGCUGCCCAAGAUGAUCUGCUGCCUGACGCGGCUGGAGCUGCUCAACGUGGACUUCAACGACAUCCAGAACGUGCCCCAGGAGAUGCACCAGCUCAGCAGGCUGGAGAAGCUGGCCUACCACCCUCUGGAUAAGGGGCUCCACAUCAUGCAGAACCCCUUGCAGAAGCAAAUCAAAGAGAUGCUGGAAGGAGGCCUCAUCGCCCUCUUUAAUUAUCUCAAAUCUAAUUAAGACUCCUCCACAGAAUUUCUUCUGGGGACCCAUUGUUGUUCUCCAUGAAGGAACUAAUGUACAUCCAUUGUUGUUGCUCAUGAGGAGGAUCCGAUUUUGGAGGGAUCCUCAACAUGCACGAGAAAAGGAUAAGAAAAAGCAGAGAUUGUUAUUUUUUCAUUUACUGUACAUAACAAGAAGAUGCAACUGUGAUGCAGGGGGGAGCCUGGGCAUGUCUCUAACCUGCUGCAUAUACCUUGCUGACCCGAGUUGACCUCCAAUCCCCCCAACCUCUCAUUUUGCUAUUUAAACUAUCUCCCAGGAGGAGAACAAGUUCAAUUACAGCCUACCUUGGUCUCGGAGCAGGUCGUUGGCAUCAAGAUCAGUAUGCUUUCAUUACAUCAACAGAAAGGUCAGCCUUGAGCCUAGCCGUGUUUUCUGCUAUAGUUACCUUCCCACCUCGUUUAAGAACAACAAGCAGAUUCUGUUGCCAGUCUCCAACUCCAGUCCACUCAAAGGAUCACAUGCUAUACUGUACACAGUCAAUGGACCUACGGUCUUAAUCAUGGCUAUUUGGGUUGGAAUAGCCUUUAAGUUUAAGUUUGUUUGCCACACAUGCUGAAAGUAGCACAUUAUUGUACCUGAAUGUAGCAUUUCAAAAACCAAGUGGGUUAUGUGUACAUGUGAGCUUGUGUUCUUUAUUCUGCCUGACCGUAAACGUAGCCAUCUUAAUUACUUUGUAGGAUUACUUAUUGGCGUGUUUAAGGGGCAAAUGCGCUCAUUACUAUUUUAUUUACCUGUUCUUAAGUCAGCAUAAACUGAAGUCUAAAUAAAUAUUAGAUAUUUA